AUGGCUCUUACUUUCCUCGAUAUCGCACUCGCAGGCGUGCUAGCUGCAGUAAUGUGGGUAGCGCGGGCCAGGACGUUCGGCGUUGAUCGUAGCGCUAAGUUGCCGCCUAUCGUGAAGUACAAAUGGCCUAUCCUCGGUUCGACCUUUGACUUUAUCAAGGAUCCUGCGGCAUUCACUAGGACAGCAUAUCGAGAAUACGGACCUGUAUUUCGGGUUUACUUCCGAGGCCACGUCCAAGCCGUGGUCGGGAAAGACCACGUACGCGACAUCUUCCUCAAUCCGGCAUUCAGCUAUGAGGAAGCCGUAAACGAUGAAUUCCAUCUUGCCGAUAUGCUGGGGACGUCGCAGACGGACCUGGAGCCUCACAAACUAUUCGCUGUGAUAAUCACGCCCCUACUGUCUCGUUUCAUCCCGAUUCUGUCGAACAUGCUCACACGAGGCCUUGAUAUUGGUAUCGAGUCGAAUUUACGGAAUGACGCGCCACUGCAAAUUGCCAACCCGUCCGACCUCGUCAUGGACGUCAUUGCCAGGGCUACUACCGUUUGCUUUUUCGGCGAGGUCACCCGCGUUUUCGCAUUCCCUGCCGAUGAAAGACACUAA